GAAGACCAUCAACUUACCACAAGAAGAUGAGCAAAUCAAAAUCAAAAUCAAACAAAUCCAAACCAAUCGAAGUACUACAAUCCACUUCAAAUCAAAAACCAUCAAUCAAAUCAGAAUCAAACAACUUUAACCCAUUCACCACUCUAUUCAACUUAAUCUUAUUCUCAAUUCAAUUCAUCUUCAAAAUCAUCAAUUCUAUCAUUCGAUUAAUCUUAUUUCAACCUCUCAUUAGUUUUCCUAUCAUCAUCUUCAUCAUCAUCUCAAUCACUCCUACGGCUCUUAAUUAUCUUAUCAACUUAUUCUCAACUAAACUCAUUCGACUCUUGACCUUUUCAACACCUUCGAUUCCUCAUCUCACUUAUCUCUAUUGUACGAUCCUCAAUGGUCCAUUCUUUUGUGAAGGAUCAACUCUCAAACCGAUCCCAGUAUCUAAAAUCACUCGAUCAGUUGCUGAUAGCGCUAAGUUAGCCUCCGAUAUCUUUGAAUCCGUCGUCGGUCUGGGCGAUCCUCAUAACCUUGGCUUACAUCAGGCUGAUAUCCUCGAAUUGGCGUUGGCUGUACAACAUUCUACUUCACUCGAAGGAAAAGAUGUAUUAGCACCUCAGCUUAUGGAUUUGAGUGAGAUGACUAGAGAUGUGAAAGAUCAAAUUAUCAGUCUGAAUAGUCAAGGCAUCAAUACCUUCUCAUUUGUAGCUUAUGAGUUUUCAAGACUACAAGAUUUGAUAGAAUUAAUUCAAUCAGGUUCCAAAAAAUAUACAACUCAACAUGUUUCACACAACUUAGAUAUCUUAUUCCAAAGACUUUCAGAAGACUUAACCAAACUCUUAAAUGAUAUUGAACUUUCCUUACCAUUAGCAUCUAGAGCCAGUGAUUUAGGUACAAAACUUACAAGUGAAUUCUUAUCAUCACAUUUCAAAUUAUUGAAAAUUAAAGAAUCUACUCCGAUUUGGAAAAAGAUCUUUGAACGAGAUUCUUGGUCUCAAAAGCAAUUGUCUAGAGAUUUAAUCUUAACUUCGGAAAGUGUGGAAAGUUUAAAAUUGGUUUGGAAGAAACUUGAAGAAUUAAGAUCGGUUCUAAUGGCUUAUCGUAAUAAUGUGGCUUUCUUUAAGGCUUCUUUAAUUGGUUCACAUAUUGCUGAUCAUCAGUUAUCAGCUGAAGAUGAAGUUCAUGCAAUGAGGCAUAUUAUCGAUAAUUUCAAACAAGCUGUUAAGGAAUCAAAGUCACAAAAAAAGCGGGUCAAGAAACUUGAGAUUGAUGCAUAGAAAGUAAUGUAAAAGAUUUUGAUAGGUCUUGUUUCAUAAGAUUUCAAUGUAGUAUAAGCUUUUCUAAGGAAGGUAAGAUAGAUCAUUAUAUGUAUAUAGCUGUUAUGGCCUUGGAAAGUUGUAAUAUCCUAAUUCUACAUGUGAUAGUGUAUUUUUGAAACC